AUGAAAAUCUAUCUGCACAUAGAUAUAAUCUGCUAUUAUUUAUAUAUGUCUACAUAAUCGGCAAAACAUCACAAUGAACAUAUAAAAAUUAAUAUAAAACUGCGACAAUAUAACGAUAGAAUAUUAAACAUAAUACAAUAUAACUUUAUUAAAAUCCCGGCUUUUUACAAAAAAAAAAGACAAAAUGUUACCAACAAUGAGAAUUUAUAGUCGCGGUAUUCUGAAGCGUAACCUGUGUAAUCUUCUCUUUAAUUUUACAAGUCAAGAAAAGAAUGUUCUUGCACUUAAUGUUCGCAGUAUAACUAAUACUAAUUCAGUGUAUGCUUUGCCACCAAAUAGUGUGAUGUAUGUAUUUGAUAGGGAAGCAAAGUUACGACAAAAAGAAUGUGCUGCAAAAGCACAUGAUGUAAAAUUAUAUGAUUACCUUAAAGAUGAAGUUGGGUAUAGAUUAGCAGAUAGAAUAUUUGAUAUAAAAAGGACAUUCAAAAGAGCCCUUGAUUUAGGUUGUGGUCGAGGUCAUGUUUCAAAACAUAUAUUAAGUGAAUCAGUUGAGGAAUUAAUUAUGGCUGAUAUGAGUCCAACUGCCUUAUCGCAUGCUGAAGUAACAGAAGGAAUAAAAGUCAAAAGGAAAGUGGUUGACGAGGAAGAAUUAUCAUUUGAAUCUGACAGCUUUGAUUUGAUUAUAAGCUGUCUCAGUCUUCACUGGGUCAAUGAUCUUCCAGGAUGUUUUAAUCACAUUAUACGAUGUUUAAAAAAUGAUGGUGUAUUCAUGGCUGCUAUAUUUGGUGGUGAUACACUCUAUGAAUUGAGGGGUUCCUUGCAAUUAGCUGAAUUAGAAAGGAAUGGUGGUGUAUCUCCACAUAUAUCUCCAUUCGCAGAUGUUCGUGAUAUUGGCAGUCUUAUGAAUAGAGCAGGUUUUACUAUGUUAACUAUUGAUACUGAUGAAAUAGUCAUUGGUUACCCUUCUAUGUUUGAACUCAUCUGGGACCUGAAAGGAAUGGGUGAAAGUAAUGCAGCCAGAAAUCGGACACUUCAUUUGAAACGAGACUCGCUCUUAGCAGCAUCAGUCAUUUAUCAAGAACUUUAUGGAAAGACCAAGGAAGAUGGUUCGACAUAUGUUCCAGCAACAUUUCAAAUUAUUAAUAUGUUGGGUUGGAAACCAGAUCCAUCACAACCAAAGCCAUUAAAACGUGGAACAGGAGAAGUAUCACUUAAAAAUUUGUACAAACUAGACAAAAUAAUUAAGGAGACAAAGACAGUAAAAUUGGAUGAUGAAGAAAAGUAACUAUCAUCAGCAAACAGUAUUUAGUGAACACAUGUAAAUAUUGUAUGAAAUAGAAAAUGCAAUUUAUUAUAACAUGUAAAUAAUUUUUGUAUACCUGUUAACAUUUGUGAACUUGAAAUCAA